AUGAGUCUCCCCUCCUACCAAUCGGCCACCUCAACCACUCCAGUGUCUCACACAUCACUGCCCGCAGCCAUGGCUCCUCCUCCGCCCUAUUUUGCGCCUCCCAAUGAAACCUUUGAGCUCCACCGUCUCCAACGACCAACGACAAUCGUCAGACCUAGACCGGGGUCUCCCGGCAUGGAUCCGAGACUUGAGCAGAGGCUACUCUCUCAAGCG